AUGAUUGCAGUAGGAAAGCAACGAGAAGAGGACGUGUCAGACCCUGUCCUGGCCAACUUGCUGGCUGAGGACCGGACCCCAUGGUACAAGAAGCCCAACCUGAGACGAUUGUACUUGAUCCUCUUCCCUGCAUGCAUGGGCAUUGAGAUCACCUCGGGGUUUGACUCACAGAUCAUCAACACAGUGCAGAUCGUGUAUACCUGGAAUAAAUAUUUCGGGAGACUAACGGGUGAUACCGUGGAUGGUAUGCCCGAGUACGAGGUCGAACCGAAUCUCAAAGGCUUUCUAGGAGCGGCAUAUUCCCUUGGAGCUAUCCUUUCUCUGCCAUUUGUCCCCUGGGUUAAUCAACGUUUUGGAAGGAGAUGGACGGUUAUGUUCGGGUCUUGCAUCAGCUUGGUGGGUGCGCUACUACAAGGGUUCUCAAACGGAGUCGGAAUGUAUAUAGUAGCUCGCAUGUUACUUGGAUUUGGGAUUCCAUAUUGCAUCGUGGCUGGUUCUUGCCUCAUCGGUGAGCUCGGUUAUCCCAAGGAACGACCAAUCCUCACGUCCUUGUUUAACUCAUCCUAUUUCAUUGGUCAAAUCGUGGCUGCUGCCGUCGGCCUGGGCACGGUGACUAUCGCAAGCAACUGGGCGUGGAGAAUCCCUUCACUGUUGCAGCUGGCUCCUGCUAUGGUCCAGGUGGUCUUUGUUUUCUUUCUGCCAGAGAGCCCUCGAUAUUUGAUCAGCAAAGACCGACACGAAGAAGCCUUCGGCAUUCUGGCCAAAUACCAUGCCGAGGGAGACCGUAACUCCGUUAUCGUGCGCGCGGAGAUUGCCCAGAUUGAACGGACCAUCAAGCUCGAGCUCGAAGAGGCGAAACAAAGCUGGUGGGACAUGUUCCGCACCGCGGGGAUGCGGCGUCGGCUGCUCAUCUCCGCGUUUUUGGGAUUGUUUACCCAAUGGUCCGGAAAUACCUUGAUUUCGUACUAUCUCAGCGACUUGCUGGAUAUGGUCGGCAUCACCGACAGUGUGACCAAGUCCAAGAUCAACAUCGGUAUUGCUUGCUGGGGGUUGGUCUCUGGAACCGCCUUAGCUCUUACGGCGCCUCUGUUCAAGCGGCGAACGAUGUAUUUAACCUGUGCGACAUCGUUGCUUUGCGUGUACAUUGGCUGGACUAUUUCCAUGGAGCGGUUCAUGACAACAGAGGUCAGGGCGGCCGCAAUCCUGACUAUCUUCUUCAUCUUUGCCUAUUCCCCGGCAUACAACCUAGGCUACAAUGCUUUGACUUACACUUACCUGAUUGAAAUCUUCCCUUACUUCGGUCGCUCUCGUGGCCUCUCCUGGUUCCAGUUUUAUGGCCGCGGGUCGGCAUUCUUCGCUACAUAUGUCAAUCCCGUCGGGUUGGAUAGAAUCAGCUGGCGAUGGCUCCUGGUUUACUGCUGUUGGCUAGCCUUCGAGUUGGUAUUUAUCUACUUCCUUUUCCCGGAAACGUCUGGAAGGACAUUGGAGGAGCUGUCGUUUAUGUUCGAGGGCAAAGAAAAAGCCAAUGAAGUGGCUGCUGCAGUGCACAAGCAGAUCGAAGUGGAUGGGAAGACGGAAGGCCAGGCUUAG